AUGUCGGUGUGCUCCGCGCUGGGCAACACGCUGGCGGCGCUCAGCCCGGGCAGGGCACGAAGGCUAUUGUCGCCCUGGGCAUGGGGCCGCCUGGACGAGCUCUGCUCAUCUCAGAGCUCGCGCCUGGCGCGGCCGGCCAUGCGGUGCCUCUGCCUGGCGGCGCGGGCGGAGGGCCACCUGGAGCCGGUGCUGCGACACCUGCGCCCAGCCUUGGCGGUGCUGGUGGCGGCGCCAGAGGUGGAGACCGCCGGCUUGUUGCGCGCCGCCUGGCUGGCCGCCUGCGCCUGCGAGUUCUGUGAUUUGGACACCGUGGCCAAGCCAUCAGACCUGGGCCUAGUGGCCUCGAGCUUGCUUCUGGAGGGCCUGAAGCGCAGGCGGCUGGGUGGUGUGGGAGCGGCCAUCGCCCGCGAGCUGCUGAGGGUCUUCCAGGCGCGCUUCAAUGACGCCGACUCGGACGAGGCGCUGCCGGCGCUGCUGGUGGCGCUGGGCUUCGCCCUGCGGCGCUUCCCACAGAGCGCCCCGGAGGCGCUGGCGCCGGUGCUAGGCGCGGAGAAGCCCCCGCUGGCGGAGCGGGCGCUGGAGGUGCUGACCGGGCUCUGCGAGCACCUGGAGCAAGGCGUGGCCGGCGGCUGCGCGGUGCUCCAGAAGUUGACCCGACACCUGCCGAAGGCGCUGGAGGCCAUGCGCUUCGGCCUCUUCCGCCGCCCCCAGCCCGGGGACGCGGCCCGGCGCCGCGCCGGGCUUGCCGCGGCCAAGGCGCUGCAGCGCGCGGGGAGCGCCGGCAGCAAGCAGCUGGCCGAGGCAGCUUUCACAGUGCUGCUGGGGGAUCGCCAGCUGCGGGCCGGGCUGCUGCUGCAGACCUUGGCGCGGAAGGAACCCCAGGCGCUGCCGUUGGCGUUGGCCUCGGGCCUGCGCGAGGCCUUUGCGGCGCUGCGGUGGCACCACCCGCAGCUCCUGGCGCUGGGCUCCAGCGACCCCAUCCUGGCGCGGGGCGCCGCGGGCGCGGCCAAGGCCUUCGCCCUCUGCGGCCGCGCCGGGCGCCUCAAGUGGCUUCGCACGCUGCUGGCCGAGCUCUGCGGAGGGCUCGCGCCAGGUGUGCCGGUGCCGGACGAGGCGGAAGCGCGGCUUCUGGCCGGGGGCAAGAAGAGGCCCUUCAGCCCUAAGAAGGCGCAGGAGGCGGCGGCGCCGGCGGCGCCGGAGGCGCUGCUCUACGGCCACUUCGUGGCGCAGCAGCUGCUGGCGCUGCCGCUUUCGGCGGCGACUCCGGCGGGGCAGGCGGAGAUCACGCUCAUCACAGAGGAGACGCGUUGA